UUGGGGUAUAAAAGGCGAGCGUUCGGCGUUAUUUGGCAUAUUCUCCUCUUACGGGAGACCUCUUCCUGCUCUCGUCAUGCUGCCCAAUUGCCACCUGCUGUCGUCAUGCUGCCCGAAUGCUGCCCAAAUGCUGCCACGUCAUGCUGCCCAAUUGCUGCCUGCUGUCGUCAUGCUGCCCAAAUGCUGCCACGUCAUGCUGCCACGUCAUGCUGCCCAAUUGCUGCCUGCUGUCGUCUUCAGCCGCCACUUCAUGCUGUUUUGCUCGAAGGAUUGAUGUUCAGAUGA